AUGGAGCAACCUCCGGGGUUUAUUGACUCUACUCAGCCUAACUACAUUUGCAAGUUAAAAAAGGCCUUGUAUGGCCUGAAGCAAGCUCCGCGAGCUUGGUACCUGGAGUUAUCAUAUUUUCUGAUCAAUUUUGGCUUUAAGAAAACCAUCAGUGAUGCUUCUUUGUUUGUGUAUGCUGCUCGUGGAAUGCUUGUUUAUUUUAUGGUUUACGUGGAUGAUAUAAUUGUCACUGGAAACAAUGAUGUUUUUCUUGACCGAUUCAUAAAAUUAUUAUCACAAAAAUUUGCUUUGAAGGACUUAGGCACACUACACCAUUUUCUUGGUGUUGAGGUUGUACCUAUUUCUGGUGGUUAUUUUCUUUCCCAGAGUAGGUACGUUGCAGAUAUUCUGGCUCGAUAUAACAUGGAUGGCGCAAAGCCUGUUUCUACUCCGAUGUCUACUAUGACGUCCGUGUCUAUUCACGAGGGGGAACCUGUGGUUGAUGUGACUGAUUUUCGUAGGUUGAUUGGAAUGCUGCAGUACCUAUCGGUCACUAGACCUGACGUUGCUUAUGUUGUUAAUUCCUUAUCGCAAUGCAUGCACUCGCCAAAGGCAUAUCAUUGGGGUGUCGUUAAACGGUUACUUCGGUAUAUGAAAGACUCUGAUUGGGGUGGUAGUAGAGAUGAUGGUCGUUCUACCACUGGUUUUGUUAUUUGUCUUGGUUCAAAUGUUGUCUCGUGGAAGUCUGUUCGUCAGAAAACUGUCUCACGGUCUUCAACCGAUGCUGAGUAUCGUGCUUUGGCGAGUUCGGCUGCUGAGGUAAUCUGGGUACAGAAUCUUUUCUCAAAUUUUUUAAUAGCACAAUCAUUUCACUAA